AGGUAAUCAUAGUACACAAAGGGUAAUCAAAAGAAAGAGAAAUAGAGAGAAAAGAAGAAGUUAUGAGAUUCUUCUUGAUAGGUUUUCUUGUGGUUAUCUUGUCCGUGGGAUAUGUUAUCGAAGAAGCAAAUGGUGAAAUACCUCGAACUAUUUUGGGCAAAAUAGAGAAGAUGAAUCGAAAGGGUCCUUAUUUGGGGAUUGUAGCUCCAAACAACUAUGAGCUUAACCCUCUUCUCCAAUCUCCAUCCUUUGUCCCAUCUUCUUCUUUGCCCUUCAUCGAUUUCGCAGGUCGAAAGUUUCGAUUUGGGAAAUUAGAAGGCCAACCUGUUGUAAUCGUGAUGUCAGGAUUAGGAAUGGUGAAUGCAGGAGUAACAACACAAUUACUGGUGAGCGUGUUUAGGCUGAAAGGAGUUUUACAUUAUGGAAUCGCUGGAAACGCAGAUGUUAACCUUGAGAUCGGUGACGUUACUAUUCCUCAAUAUUGGGCACACUCUGGCCUUUGGAAUUGGCAGAGAUAUGGAGAUGAGAUUGACAAAGAACUGGCUCUCGAAUCUGGUGGAGACUAUACUCGGGAAGUUGGUUAUCUCCAGUUUUCGAAAUACAGUAAUGGAACCGAUAACUUGCUUAACCGAAUUUGGUACCAACCAGAAGAAAUCUUUCCGGUCACUGGAACUCCCGAAGAACGGCAACAUGUGUUCUGGAUUCCCGUUGACAAGUACUACUUGAAUCUUGCACGCAAACUCGAGGACACGAAGCUACCGCAGUGCGUGAACACCACGUGCCUCCCUCGACCACCGAAGGUGACCAUCGUUGACCGCGGUAUGAGUGCAAGCGUCUUCGUCGACAACGCAGCUUACCGGACUUUCCUCAACUCCAAGUUUAACGUCACCGCCAUUGAAAUGGAGAGCGCCGCCGUAGCUCUCAUUUCCCACCAGCAAAACCUCCCUUUCAUCGUCAUCCGUGCCCUCUCCGAUCUCGCUGGUGGCGGCUCCGACGUUUCCAACGAGGCCAAUAUAUUCAGCAGCCUCGCCGCAGAAAACUCCGUAGAUAUUCUCGUUAAGUUCGUUGCUUUGUUGCCACUACACGAAAGCAAAGUUCAAUCUGAAUGAUAAGUGUGGAUUAACACUUAAAAGAGAGUGGAUAAUUAAGAGCAUGUAACGGGAAAAAAAUGAAUAAUGUACAAGACACAAGUAGAAAUAUGUGUCUGAAUCAAAUAACGAAGUUCUUCUUAAUUAAAAAUAAAAGCUGCAUUUUGUUCAUUGGUU